GUGCUGCCUUUUGCCUCUCCACUCUUCCUCAAACAUGCACGUGCCCUGGUUGUGAAAACAAAGAGUGGCAGGAGGUGAAGAAGACGAGGACGGAGGAGGAGCAGGAGGAGAACCUAAGCGAUGCAUUUUAGUUGAGAACAGUUUGUAUUUCUAAGCAGAGUGUAAAUGUUCAGACUGUGCUUAAUGUUGCAGUGGCAGCCAAAUUAAUAUUUUUUAUUUUUUGGAAACAUCUGCUUCACUAUGCUCCAUGGCAACUUUGAGAGCAAAACGUCUUGGCGGGACGAGACGACUCAAACCUCAUAGGAGAAAGUUGAUCAACUGCUGCAGGAUCUUGGAUUUAAUUGCCAGGGCGAUAGGAGCCGCAUCCGCAAUACCAACCGCUUCGGGAUGGUCCGUGGUCGUCGAACACGCGCAGGACGGAAGAGACCAGGCAAAAAUGAGCGCCAGUGAUGUCACGAGGGCCGUGGCCUGCGCACUGAAGCCGCCGGUGUUUCUUCACUUUGGAGGCAGCAAGAUGCAGGUGUCCUGCUCGGGCGUAUGUGUAAUCGACGCCAGUCUGCCCCCGGGGAAAACCGUCAACAUCGAGACCAUCACCUUUAAGAAUUUCUAUACGGCCCUGGUCAGCGUGAGGCUGCGGAGGCGGAGCCCAGGCCGGAAGGGGGAGGGGGGCCGGUGGUGCACGGCCCUCAGGGACUGCCCCCUCAUGACCAACCCGCACGCGGAAAGCGGCGCACAGGACUACUGCAGCAUCGACAGGAAGCAGAUGCGAAUGGAGCCGGAUGACGUGUCGUCCGUACGGCUGGUCCUCAAGCAGCCAUCGUGCGCCUGGCUGACCUUUGGCGUGGAGGACGUGCGCCUCUUCCCUCGCGCCCAACCCGAGCCCGUCGGCGAGCUCUCUGAUUGGCUGUCGGCUCUGAACCUGGUUGAGCGACGGUUGCCUACGCAGGGCUCGCUGGAUGCUGCGUCCGUGUCGUGCCGUCUGCAGCCAAUGUGGGCCUUGAGUCAAGUCACCACGCGGAGCAGUCGGAGCCACACCGCCCCCGUCGAACGCUUUGAUGUGGACGGCAGUUAUGAUAUAAAUUUAUUAUCCCUGACCUAAAACACAAUUUUGGAUGUGGAGCUCAUGUUUGAUGUACUGGACGUGUCCUUUUGCCCAAUGGCAAUAAAAUACAAAGAAAACCAAA